AUGAAUAAAAUAUUUUUACCAAAACGACGGAAGAUUCUAUAAUGUAAUGAGACCACUGUUGAAUCAUAAUUAUAAACAACUCGAUCAGUUGCUGUAAAUAAUAUUUCUUCAAUGCUCAGUCAACCAAUCACGAUGUGCCUAAGAUAUUUAUUAAAACAGAAGAGAGUGAAGGUGUUUAGAUUCCAAAAGAUACCAGAUUAAAAAAUUGGAAUGAUGUUUUUGGUGAUUUUUUAUCUGAAGCCUUGUUGAGAAGAAAAUAAACUUAAUUGAAAAGAAAUACAGAAACAGCAAUUGAUCGAGCAUAUUUACAUGAAGUUCCAUUAUAAAUCUAUAAUGCUAUGACUAUAAGUCCAUCUAUAAGAAGCAAUUUUACUAAAUAUAUUAUGGGAGAAAUAUCUGCUGAAGAAUUUGUGAUUAGAAAAAACUAAUCUCAAAAACUUGAUAAAUUAAUUCCAGCAGUUAUUAAGAAAUAAAAAAGACCAAAAAUCAAUGUGUAUUAAUAUAUUGUAAAAUUAUUAGAACAUAUAGAAGAUCAGCAGUUACAGAUGAAGGUAAUCAUGAUGUUGCUUUUUUAAAAUUAUUAGAUUAAAAAAAUGAAGAAAUGCUCAAAAAAUAAUAAGCAUUAGAUAGAUUUGAUAUGAUUAGAGAUCUUAUAGAAGAAAAGAUAGAGAUGAGAGAAAAAGAAGAUCUUGUAAAGAGAAGUAGAGAAUUGAAGAAUGUUGGAAUGAUCAAAUAAAUGUAUGAUAUUAGUGAUCAAUAUAUUCAAAAUUUAUAAAAGAAAUAAGAGGAAAAAGAUUUAAAUACAAAUAAAAGAUUAAUAUUUAAAGGUAAUUCAGUAAAUAUUAUUAAACAUUAAAAUCCAUAUUAAUUAUUGAAUUCAAGAAAUCAUUAAAAUCCAAAUAAAGUUAAAUAUGAAGCACCAUAAGAAAAAUAUGUUAUUCGUCAUCUUGUUAAUAAGAAGGCUAAAUAAUAUAUGGAAGAUUUAUUAAUUAAAGAUUAUAUUGAAAGUGAGAAAGCUAAAAAGUAAAUUUAUGUAAAUUAUUAAUUCAAAAAAAAUAUUAUGCAAAAAUCUACUAAAUCUGAUACAACAUAAACAUUUGAUCAUAGUGAAUAAAAUAAUAUUAAACAUAUUUAUCCAUUUAUAUAAAAGGGUGUUAAAGGAAAUUAAGUUGUUAAGAAUUAAUUGAUCAAUAAUGAUUUAGAAUUAAUAUAAUAUAUUACUAACUAUCCUAAAUAUGAUCCAUAUAAAGAUAAAGAUGUCUAACAAUAAAUGUAAAUAGAUAUUCUAGAUGCUGGAGGAUUAUCAUCAAAUAGAAAUAUUAAACUUCCAUAAAGAAAAACAGCAUAAUCAUUCAAAUAACAUAAUUUGAGAAACUAAGAUUUAAAUGCAUCUUAUGAUUCUAGAACUGAUGAUGAAUCAUUAAAUUCUAUGUAUGAAUUUAAUGUUGAUAAUCUAUAUUAAUAAAGUAAGAAAUUGUAAGAAAAACUAUUGGAAAAGUAAUAUACAGAUGGUUUUAGUAAAACAAUAAGAGCAAUUUAAAAAAAUUAACAAUUAAAAAAGUAUAUCUAUUAUUAAAAUUAGUGAUAUUAUUUUAAAAAACAUAUAAAAACUAGAAGGAAUAUCUCCAAUUUGA